UCCUGGAUCUAGUGAAGCUCGCGUCUUAUAUGUUUUGUUUCACAUUCUUCGUCUACUUCUUAUAUUUGGUAGUUCAUGGAUAAGUGAAUUCUAGUGCUCUUGAUUUGCCGGAUGGAUUUGGAGAUGAUCUAAUAAUCGAAGUCCAAGAUUCGAAGGGAAAGUAUUGUGGGCAUACUCUUGUUCAUGUGGAUGACAUUGCUGAUGAAUCAUUACUGUAUCGACCUCAUGUUUGGUUUUCUGUUGUUUCUGAAACAGAUCUGUUUGUGUGUCCGAAGGGGUCAAGUUUUUUUGCUUAUUUUGAUGCAGGGGGAGAAGCAUCGUCAUUGUAUUAUAUCUCGGGAAACAGAGCACGAAAAAGCUGGGAAAAUACAGGGCACAUCUAUUGUAGAAACUAUCGCUUACGACAGUGUUUUGGAGACUGCAAUGAAAGGCCAACAGAUUGAGCAAAGAAACUUGUUGCGACAUGGUUCGUGGAAAUGGUUGAUGGAUGAAUUUGCUUUUUUUUUGGCGUUUCAGAUGCAUACACAAAGCUCAGAUACCUUUCAUACGUUAUGGAUGUCGCCACACCAAAAGCAGAUUGUCUUGCUUGGGUGUGCGACAUUCUGCUGCCCGUUGUAAUCAAAGGCAAAAGUAAGCACACAUUUAGUCACGUAGAGGUAAGUCGUUAUGUGGCAAGUUGUUAUCUUGUUAUCAUUUUUCAUUUGCUGGUUAUAGUAUCUAGUUAAAUAUUUUGACUGUUUUACUGACUAGUUCCGUCGUCUGGGAGAAGUUUCUGAUCAAAUUGAGCAGUUCACUCUUGUCAUCGAGAAUUCCAAGUGAAUUAUAAGUCACUUGACUUAACAUUGCGGUCGUGUAUUAAAGAUGUAUUCUGACCUACCACAGGAAUGGCCGCAACUGCGCUUGAUCCAGCAUUGAAGCCCUACAAAAUGUUGCACGACAUUCUUUCACCUGAGGUGCAGUUAAAGCUGUGCAUAUAUUUUGAAAAUAAUUGUGACAUUUCUGUGCAGAAUGCGACGAGAAAAAGGUCAAGGAGGCAAUUGUCAAAAGCUGAUGAGUUCAUUUCAACCAAUAUCUAAAAGAUUUUAUUAGACCCCGUGGCCGUCUCCACUGCAUAUAAGGAAAAUAAAACACUUAUGCAUGUUUACUCAGAAGACGUGGUCUUUAUUAUGGUUAGUAUUCUACUGAUUAUUAGUAUUCCUGCAGAUGUGAAGGUGACAGAGAAUACCAAUGUUCCUCUUGUAAGGUAAUUGAACAAGUAACAAAGCGGCCAUACUUAGGAUUCAUAAGGAAUAUGUUCCCAUGUGCAAGGAGGUAAGUUAGUAGCAUAUUGGAGAACUUAGUCCUUUAAUGAGUUUGUGUGUCCGUGAUUCCAUAUGCACUCUUCUCAUUCUCCUGAAAAAUAUUGUUGAUGUAAG